AUGUCAGUCACCACUUGCUCGACCACGGCGACGCGCUUGAGCCAUUUGACCGGGAAGCGGACCAACUCGUUGGGAUGGGCCAAGUCCGACUGCCACACGUGCUCCUCGCUUGGUCGUUCUUGUGACCGGCGGCGGCCUCGUUGCAGUGCCUGCCUUGCUGACGGCGUGAUAUGCGCGGGCUAUGUGCAGCAACUCAACUGGGAAAGAGGCACCUUGAAGGUUGGGAAACGGCGGUCCAAGGAACCGUCCGAGAAUGUCAGAGAAGCCAAACCAGACAAGCCGACGGCGCCGCUUCCUCGGCCCUCUUCUUACACUUUUGUGGACCAAACCGUCUCACAAACACGGUCAAGGCGGACGUCGAGAAACAACUCGAGAUCAAGCGAACUCAGUAUUCCCAUCUCCAAUGCGGCAGAUUCGUCGAUCACCACAACGCUCUCGAGCGGCGGAGAGUCCGUGGCGUCCACAUCUCCAUCCUCAAUCUGGUCGGCUGUGAGCGCGAGUACGCCUCCCCUGGUCGACAGUGACCACCAGCUUGACCUCGUCCUCUACCCGACAGUCAGCCGCCACCCGGAAGGGAUCGAGUGUGCGUUAUCAUUCUUCCAUUCCUGCUUUGCCAACACCACGCUCACCUUCCCGGUGAAAAUCAAUCCGUGGCGAGCCUGCCUGCCGUCCAUCCACGACGACUUCCCCUCGGUACGCUAUGCCGCAGCGGCACUUGCAAAGCGUCAGCAAGCACACUUCGACCGAAAGCCGGAGAGUGCCUCGAUCUUGCGCCUCAAGUCACAAGCCCUGUCCAUCUUCGCAUCGCACCUCAACGAUCUGUCGUUCGAGUGCGGCCUCAGUACUGUACUUCUCCUCAUCGGCCUAGAUUAUGCCGAAACAGGUGUAUCCAACUGGAACAUCCACCUGCGCGGUGCAUACCGCAUUCUCGAGUCCCACGGCGGCAUCCGACUCGCAGAGUCACGACCUAACCUUCGAAGUCAGAUUGCCAUGUUGAUCUGGUACGAUGUCAAUGCCGCGUUGAUCUCGCGACGUGGUCCCACUUUUCCAAGGACCUACAUUGAAGCGCUCAUGGCAUGGCAGGACGACAACGAAUGGAGCAUACUGGGUCUGAACGGCCUCCCGGACGGCAUGUUUCUUGACAUGCACAGCCUUGCUGUUGCCGCGGCCGACAUUGAUUCUGCAGACCCAGAAGCGCUCGAACUUAUCCGCAAGAACAUUCUUGACACAGAGGUCAGCAUGGAACAAGGGAAAUACCAGGCCAUGAUGUCCGAAAUUUGGCGGUUGGGCCUGCUGUUAUACUUUGCACGGGUGUUUGGGCCUUUCCGGAUCUACAAUUUGACAGCAAUAGAUUACCAGGCCGUCAUGGACACGUUCGCGAGCCACGAAGGUAUCGCCGAGUGGGACUUUGAACCGCGUUCCGUGGCUAUGCAGAUUCUCACCAUGGUUGCCAACAUUCCGUCACACAGCAGCUUUCAGAAACAGUGCCUGAUGCCGAUUGUUCUGGCCGGGUGUGAAAUGUCCAGUGCGGAGUGGGCUUUCAGAAAAGUCGCCACCGAGUACUCUGAGCGGUGGAAACAGAAGACGGGGAUCUGGAUUUUCGAGUCUGGGUUGGAGUUUAUGAGGGGCGUUUGGUCUAAGAAUGACCUGGCCAUGCUCACCAAAGCAGAGGAUGAGGUCGACAGACCAUGGGUGCCUUGGACAGAGAUAUACCCUCCCAGUGCUGAAUAUGGCUUUCUGUUUGGCUGA